AUGGACUCAUCCAUCACGUUAGACCUGUUGGACCCAGACUAUUUCUGGGAAGAGGACAGAAAGUUCAUCCUGCGGGGCUGGUCCCUCGUCUUCAGCAUCCUUGCCACCCUGAUGACGUUCAGCAUAGUGGAUGGGCGUAUGGUGUACCUGACAGGCUCCUACACCGGCUACGUGGGACUCUGGACCAACUGCAGGAGGCACCAGUGUCCCAGCUUUGGCGAAGUCACUGUUCUCAUCCACAUGAGCAUGGGCUUCAUGAUGUUGGCCCUGCUCCUGUAUGUCAUCCUCCUCCCCGUCAUGGGCCUCUCCUUCCGGCCAGUCUUCCGCCGCCUUAGCAAGACUGACCUUGUCUUCAGUGUUCUCAGCCUCAGCACUGGGCUCCUGAUUAUUCUCAGCAUGACGCUCUUUGUAGUCAACUUGCGGAUGCUGCACCCCAGGCCACAGAUAUCCUACCUGGUGACCACCUACCUAUGCUGGGGCGCCGGCGUCUUGAUGAAUCCUGAACUACUUAAACCACGUCGGCCUGUGGAGCCGCGCGUCGGAGUCCUGGCAUCGGCAGAUGAGCUAUCGCCGGAGGGCCACGCGGCUCAGCUCCCUGGGGCUCAUGAGCAGACAGCAAUCAGACGCAAAUCCCAAGCUAAAGAUGAACCAGCCCGGUUUACUCCGGCACGAGGGGACCCCCGCCCAGCCUCUCUAAGCACUUGUUUCUCAGACACUGCGGGGCUCGCCCCCCUCACAGUGGUCACGCGGAAAUCAGACCUAGGUUGA